UUUCUUAAAAGAUCAGUGUGUGUGUGCUUGGGUGUCUUGGGCUUAUGCAUGUGCACGUGCGUGUGUGUGUUGAGGGGAGUGGUCACCAUAAUGUGCUGCAGCAGCCAGCUCUUAAGUGUGCACAUUAUGGGGAGACCUAGAUUAUCAGCUCAUCUUUCUCCUGCCUCAGCUGUAGCUUCUCAAUACUUUGCCUUUCCUCAUGAAGGGAACACGGACGAAGAAAGAAGAGCUUCUGAGUUACAGAAAGACAUGACACAGGACGUGGUGGUCUUUGAGGAUGUUGCUGUGGACUUUAGCCAGGAGGAGUGGGCUUUGCUGGAUCAUGCUCAGAGGAGCCUCUACAGAGAGGUGAUGCUGGAGAACUUCCAGAACCUGGCCUCACUAGGUUUUGAGACUCAACUUAAAAGUAAUGAAUCAGUCACUUCACAAGAUAUUUAUGGAGAAAAAAUAUCUGAUGAACGGGAAAUAGUAAGAUUCAAAAGAAAUGAUUCCUGGUCAUCCAUUUUAUACAAAAACUGGGAACACCAUCAUGCUGAUGAUAAGAACAAAAACCACGAGAGACAUUUGAGAAGUCAUGCGGUGGAGAACAUCCAUGGGUGUAAUGAAGAAAUUCAGUGUGGACAGACCUUCAGCCAAAUUUCAAAUCUUAAUAUACUCAAGAGAACUACUGAGGUAAAAUCGUAUGAAUGCCAUGAAUGUAAAAAAGCAUUCACGGAUCAUUUGUCUCUUAUGAAUCACAUCAGCUCUCACACUGGAAGCAAACCCUAUCAGUGUAAGGAAUGUGGGAAAGCUUUUCAUUUUCUUGCUUGUUUCAAGAAGCAUAUGAAAACCCCCACUGAAGAGAAACCCUAUGAAUGUAAGGACUGUACCAAAGCCUUCGGUUGUUCUUCAUUCUUUAGGGCACAUAUGAAGAUUCACACUGGAAAGACAAACUAUGAAUGUAAGGAAUGUGGAAAAACCUUCAGCUGUUCUUCAUCCCUCACGGAACACAAAAGAAUUCAUAGUGGGGAUAAGCCAUACGAAUGUAAGGAAUGUGGGAAGGCCUUUAGUUGCUCCUCCUCACUUUCCAAACACAAAAGAAUUCAUAGUGGAGAUAAGCCAUACGAAUGUAAGGAAUGUGGGAAGGCCUUUAGUUCUUCCUCUCAUCUUAUAAUACAUAUAAGAAUUCAUACUGGCGAGAAGCCCUAUGAAUGUAAAGAGUGUGGAAAGGCCUUCAGUGAGUCCUCAAAGCUCACUGUACAUGUCAGAACACACACAGGAGAGAAACCCUAUAAAUGUAAGGAAUGUGGGAAGGCCUACAAUUGUCCCUCCUCCCUAAGUAUCCAUAUGAGAAAACACACUGGAGAGAAACCCUAUGAGUGUCUGGAAUGUGGAAAGGCCUUCUAUCUUCUCACUUCCCUUAAUACACAUGUGAAAAAUCAAAGUAGAGAGAAACCCUAUGAGUGUAAGGAAUGUGGAAAAGCCUUUAGCUGUCCCUCAUCCUUUAGGGCGCACGUGAGAGAUCACACUGGAAAGAUACAAUACGAAUGCAAGGAAUGUGGGAAGGCCUUUAGCCGCUCCUCAUCCCUCACAGAACACCUGAGGACGCACAGUGGGGAGAAGCCUUAUGAAUGUAAGGAAUGUGGGAAAGCCUUUAUUAGUUCCUCCCACCUUACAGUACAUGUCAGAACUCACACUGGAGAGAAACCUUACGAAUGUAAGAAAUGUGGAAAAGCCUUUAUUUAUCCUUCAGCUCUUAGGAUUCACAUGAGGACACACACUGGGGAGAAACCCUAUGAAUGUAAGGAAUGUGGGAAGGCCUUUCGCCAUUCUUCAUACCUUACUGUACAUGCCCGGAUGCACACUGGGGAGAAGCCGUUUGAGUGUCUGGAAUGUGGGAAAGCCUUCAGCUGUCCCUCAUCCUUUCGAAGACAUGUAAGAAGCCACACUGGAGAGAAACCCUAUGAAUGUGAGGAAUGUGGGAAAGCCUUUGUUUGUCCUGCCUACUUUCGAAGACAUGUGAAAACUCACACUAGAGAAAGCACAUAGGUGUACGGAAUGGCAACGUCUGCAGGGUAUUCCAAAUCUCAGGCGGCAUGUGAGAUCAUACACUGCGAGGACACCCUAUGACUGCGGGAAAGUGGGACAUUGUCGCUCAUGUUUUUG